CAGAGGUAAGUGGGGCAGGGAAGAGGGAACAGAAGACAGGGUCCAGGGCAGGCUACGGAGAUGCUUGAAGAAAAAUGCUGCUGUUACUGCUACUCGUGGGGGCUGCCACAAGCAGAUGUCUACACGAUGAGACACAAAAGUCUGUGAGCCUUCUCACACCCCACUUCUCCCAACUUCCCCCAAACUUCCGCUCUUCCUCCCUCACCCUCCCUGGCCCUCAUGAUCCUCAACCCCUGCGAAUCCAAACCUGCUAUAUUGGAGAUCCUGUAUCACAUGGACUUUGGGAUUCUGAACUCCAGGGAGACAGGAUGAGAGGGGAACCCCGGGCCCUGGCCGCAGUGAGAGAGGCUGCUCAGCGACUGCACGGUGUCCUAGCAGUCCCUCCCGUGCAAGGACCACUGCUUCUGAGUCGAGACCCUGCACAGUACUGCCAUGCUGUCUGGGGAGACCCGGACACCCCAAACUACCACAGGUGCAGCCUUUUGAACCCAAGAUAUAAAGGAGAGAGUUGCCUGGGGGCAAAGAUCCCUGAUGCCCAUCUCCAUGGUUAUGCCUUGUGGCCAGAGCAGGGUCCCCCACAACUGGUCCAGCCAGAUGGGCCUGGGGUCCAAAACACCGAUUUUCUUCUGUACGUGCGGGUUGCUCACACUUCCAAGUGCCACGGAGAGCCCUCUGUCAUAGCCUAUGCUGCCUGCUGCCAGCUGGACUCAGAAGACAGGCCCCUCGCUGGUACCAUUGUCUACUGUGCCCAACGUCUCACCAGCCCCAGCCUCAGCCACAGUGACAUCGUCAUGGCCACACUACAUGAACUGCUCCAUGUCCUGGGUUUCUCUGCACAGCUUUUCAAGAAGUGGCGGGAUUGCCCCUCAGGACCCAGAGCUAGAGAGAACUGUUCUACAAGGCCACAAGUGACAAGGCGAGACGAGGGGGGACAGCUGCUUCUCACCACCCCAACUGUUAGCCAUAGGCUGGCCCAACACUUGGGAGUGCUAGGGGGCUCACUUGGAGUCCCCUUGGAAGAAGAGGGCCCUCUGUCUUCACAUUGGGAGGCCCGACUGCUCCAGGGUUCUAUAAUGACUGCCACCUUCAAUGGUGCCCAGCGCACUCAACUUGAUCCAAUCACUCUUGCUGCCUUCAAAGAUUCAGGAUGGUACGAAGUCAACCACAGAGCAGCCGAGGAGCUGUUGUGGGGCCAGGGAUCUGGCCUGGAAUUUGGCCUGGUUUCCACAUGUGGGACUGGCUCCUCAGACUUCUUCUGUACAGGCAGUGGCCUGGGCUGCCACUAUCUGCACUUGGACAAGGGAAGCUGUUCCUCAGACCCCAUGCUGGAAGGAUGCCGCAUGUAUAAGCCCUUGGCUAACAGGAGUGAAUGCUGGAAGAAGGAAAACGGAUUCCCACCUGGGGCAGAGAACCCCCACGGGGAGAUCUACCAUUCCCAGAGUCGUUGCUUCCUUGCCAACCUCACUUCACAACUGCUUCCUGGGGACAAGACCAAGCAUCCCUCUCAGAACCCACACCUGAAGGAAUCAGAGCUCACUGGCCGCUGCUACUUGCAUCAGUGCACAGACAGGGGAACAUACAAGGUGCAGGUGGAGGGGUCCCCCUGGGCUCCCUGCCCUCCAGGAAAGGCUAUUCAGAUACCUGGGUACCAUGGUCUCCUCCUCUGUCCUUGGGGUCGGCUGUGUCAGACUAAUGAAAGUACCAAUGCUGUCACUUCCCCACCUGUGAGUCUUUCAACACAACACCUAUUAUUCGAGCUGUCUUUAGGAUUAGCUGGGCCUCCAAGCCACUACCUGGGGAAGGAAGAGCGAGACGAGCUGGCAGAAGCGGUACUGCAGGCUCUGGUGAACAGAGGAGGCACUGGCAGGUGCUAUUUCCAAGGCGCCUCGAUUACCACUAGUCUGGUGUUCACUGUGCGUAUGCGGAAGUCCCCUGGCUGCCAAGGGCCUUCAGUUAGUAUGCUGAAAAGGGCCCUGACCCUGACUCUCCAGAAGCAGCCCCUAGAAGUAUAUUAUGGAGGAGCCAGCUUUACCACAGAAUAUAUCAAGUUGCCAGUUACCUUGGACCAUAAUCCCUCCAUGACCCACACAGGUGUGUCCAUGGGGCUCUGCCUAAUGCUACUUAUCUUGCUGGGUGCACUGGGAAUGGUGGUCUACCAGAAACAAGCUGCUCUUCAGGUGGGACCAUCUGCCCCUUACCCUUCACCAGAGCUCCAAGGGACAAGCCCAGUCGGAGGAAUAAGGGAGGUGUAAUGUCACCCAGAGUAUGAUGGGAGCAGGGCAGAGAUUAUUUCUUGGAAGACAACUGGAUAGAAAGUUAAUCUACUGUCUACACUUAAGUUCUACUUUUCUCAGAAUGCCCUCUCUGGUUAUCAACUUUAUGCUAGUUUUGCAAUGAAAGAAAGGUAGA